CGUCUCGGUCAUUCGUCAAUAUUGAUGAAAUUCCUGUGCGGAACGCCUCAUGUUGUUGCUUCCAAAUAGCACUGGAAAUUCUGUGCGGACUUUGCGGUAUUUUGUCUUGUGAAUAGAUUAAAAUGCAACUUCUUACUCUAGCUGCAGUGUAAUCGUAAGCUAGUCGUUAUAAGCUACGGUUUUCGGUGUGGCUACGCCUAAAUCUUAUUCGCGACUACUGCAAAGUGAGUUUUAUAAAAGAAUAAUUGAAAUGUAUAGCAUUGUUGUGUACGAAAUAGUCGGUAAAUAAACUGUACGUGUUUAGUGCUUAAUUACUGGGCAUUAAUAAAAAUGCCGGUGUUAUCUUAGUGACUUUUAAGUGCAGUUCAUAAUCUGAUUGUACAAUGACAAGAGUUUGUUGUAUUGUAUUAAGUGAAUAGUUACAUUUUCUGGAUUUGCUAUAUUACCAACUUGCCUUCGUGGAUUGACGGUAACGCACAUCCGACAUGUUUAAUUUUAUUAAAAAGUCGGCUGUGCUGUCCAGCGGUGACUCCGGAGGAUAUGAGGAGCGAGACGGAGAAAAAGAGAGGAGAAAGAAAGAGAAGAAAGAGCGCAAGGAGAGAGAGAAAAGAGAACGCAUAGCUGCAGGCUUGGAGGAACCACUACGAUUGGAAGAAGUUCGGCGGUCUCUCAAAUUGCGUGGCAGACGUAAAGAGAAAGAGAAACUCCCAUCUGGAAUUACUGCUGAUUAUACUGCGUCUCUAUUCGCCCAUCUCGAACAAGACUCAAACUACUCCAACUACCCAUUAAUUUCGACAUCAGGAUCUAACUCGAACCUAAGCGAUGAAAAUAACCACCUCUCUCCAAAUUAUCCAACACAUACGUGGAACAAGAAGGAGGGUGUCUUGCAAUCUGAUAGCUCCGAAACGUCGCUUAAUUCUCUCAAUAAUCCCAAUAACUUGAACACUAGUCCUAGACAAGCACCAAAUCUACCUCCAGUCCCGCCUCGACCACCCAAACGAGGUAUCCUUAAAGGUCCUCGAUUGAGUAACACUAGUUCUAAUUCACAAGAGAGCAACGUUCACAGUGCAGAUACUGUCGAUUACUUAAAUGGGCAAGAUUCGAAUGUAGUCGCUCGCAACACCCAAAGAAAUGAACUGAUCACGUACGGGAUUCCCCCAUCAAAAAGUACCUCCUCCAGCGACGACAUGCAACACGUGCAAAACUUCACCAAGAAGGUUAUUCAUAGCCCCGUUGAAAAUCAGUUCAAAAAUUACAAAAACAGCACUAACUCUGCCAUCGCUGCACAUGAUACCGAUGACGCACCAAAGGUUAAUGGAAACAGCUAUCUGGGUGUGACUUCUACCUCGCCUAGUGCCGAUUCGCUAACCGAUACAACUACGAAUUCAUCUUUUGCUACGCCACCGUUUUCUACUUCUCCUGUUGGCGAAUCUCAAGGUUUCCAUCGCUGGUCCAGAAAUAGCGCAUUCGAAGAUGUUUAUUUGCCUCUUCCAUCUCUCAGCCCAGUUCAACUCCCUAAGCCAAGGAUUCUGACUAUUCAGCGUCAAAAAGCUCCUAGAAAUGAUUUCGGAUUUAGCCUGAGACGUGCUAUGAUUCAGGAGCGAAUUUUCAUCGGUGAUGUUAAAGAUAUGAAUGGAUCUGAGGAGUCGAAUCACGUUAACGGGGACAACAAAUACAAUAGCAACAUUGUUAUAAGUAAACUGUCUUACAAAUCUGUGAUACUCGCCGAACCGGGAUCUUAUCCGGGAGCGAGUGAAACCGGCCUACUGCCUGGUGACAGACUUAUUGAAGUGAACGGAGUCAACGUUGAAGGAAAAAGUAGGGAAGAAGUCAUCGAUCUGAUUAAAGGCAGUCAAGAUUCUGUGACUAUAAAGGUGCAACCGAUCGCCGAACUCUGCGAGCUGUCUCGCAGACGAGCAGCCGACGGGGGAGUGGAGGUCGAACUGUCUGACAGCAACGUCAGAGGAGGAACCCUCAGCCGCAGCGGUAGCAGGCGCUUCACCAACACACAGGCUAAAUCCGAAGAGCAGUUAGCCUGCGAGAAGGAAUGGCUGCAGGCGGGUCAUAUGUGGCUGGCUCACCGGGGCGGCUUCACGGCCGUCAUACGAGAGGGGGACGCGGACGACGGGCGCGCUAGGGUCCGCGUUAUACAGACGGGAGAAGUGAUCACGGUUGAUGAAGAUGAUUUGGAAAAGGCUAACCCCCCUCAACUGGAGCGGUGCGAGGACAUAGCGUCGCUGCGCUGCCUCAACGAGUGCGGCGCGCUGCACGUGCUGCGGUCGCGGUACGCCGCCGCGCUGCCGCACGCCCGCGCCGGCCAUGCCCUCCUGGUGCUGGGGCCGCCACGCCGGACCACACCGGUCUACACGGAGAAGGUGGCGGCGAUGUUCCGCGGGUGUCGCGCGGACGACAUGCCGCCGCACGUGUUCGCCGCGGCGCAGUCCGCGCACCGCUGCAUGCUGGCGGCGCGGCGAGAUCGAGCAAUCGUCUUCCUUGGAAGGUCCGGUUCAGGCAAGACGACUGCUAUGCGUCACAGUGUAUGGUACUUGGCUAGCGCGUACCCCGCGCAGGGCUCCAAGCUCACGCCCGAGCGGUUGGACGCAGCGUUGGAUGUGUUACACACUUUUGGGUCCAGUCGAACGGGCUCAAACGCGUACGCGUCGCGGUUCGUGUCGCUGACGUCGCUGGACUUUGACGGCGGCGGCGCGCUCGUGUCCGCGUCGGUCCAGGUGCUGCUGCCCGACCUUCGCCCCGACCAGACCGCGCUGAGGGCGCUCAAUAUAUUAUUCCACGGAUGCGACGGUCGUCUCCGCCGUGAGCUCCUCCUCGACCAAUCCCCCGUCAACGCGCCCAACCCCUACCUCGGCUCCAGCGACAAGAUGGACGCACCCACUGAGUUCGCGACGCUCAAGGAGUCAUUACAGACGUUGGGCGUUACUGAGCCGGAGCAGAUGACUGUGUGGAAGAUUCUCGCAGCUAUAUGCCAUCUGGGCUGGGCGGGAGUUGUUAGAGCGAACCAAGGUUCCAGUCUGAAAUACCAGUUCGGUAGUGGCACGUCGGCCGCCCGUGCUGCGCGGUUACUGGGCGUGGCGUGCGAGGAUCUCGCGCGCGCCGCACUAGCCCCGCCCGCGCCCGCCUCCCCGCAGACACCCGCCGCGCUCAGAACCCCGUCGCCGUCGAAUGAGAAGGAAAUGCCAGGUUCCGAAGCGUUGGACGCGUUCGUGAGUGGACUGUACGGCGAAGCGUUCAACAUCAUUGUAGCUCUAGUUAACAGGAGCGUGUCAACGUCAGCGCGGACCUCGGCAUCCAUUCUCUUACUGGACACGCCUGGCGCUGAUAACCCCAUGUGUGCUGGACAGCAAAGCGGAGCGCCGCUGUCCAAACUCCUCUCCAACUACCUACAGGAGCGCCUUCAAGCCGUCUUCCACGAUGCCAUGUUGGUGGCGCCGCGCGAACGAUACGCUCAGGAGGGGAUCGCGCUCGACGACGGGACUGAAGAAGAUUGGCUGUCGGAGACGGUGAACCCGGGGCCGAUGGUGGAGCUGCUGGACAAGGCGCCGCAGAACACCAUCGUGCGCAGCUCGCAGGCCGACCUCAGGGACUGCGACCGCCGCGGCCUGCUGUGGUUACUAGACGAGGAGUCGAUGUAUCCCGGCUCAUCAGACGACACGUUCCUCGAGCGUGCGCUGUUACACUACGGUGCGCCGCAGCACACGCAGCACCUGAUCAAGAAGGCGCCGCACGCGCGACAGUUCGUGCUGCAACAUCUACAGGGUACAAAUCCAGUGCUGUAUGACGUCACCGGUUGGGUGAAAGCGAGCCGGGAAAACCCUAUUACGAAAAAAGCCCACACAAUACUGCAAGAAAGUCAGAACGAGGACAUUGGUCGUCUGAGCGUGUGGUCGCGCGGCGCGUGCGGCGCCGGCGGUGCGGGCGCGUGGUGCGGGUCCGUCGGCGACGCAGCGACUCUGCGUCGUGCCUCUUCGAUACGACGCACGCUCACUUCGGAUGUACCGUCAUUCUGCCGAGCAUCCAUAAUACGAAGGUCCCUUACGUCCGGCACGGCGGGCAUGAAGCGGCGCUCGACGGCGCUGCAGGCGAAGUUCGUGGCAGACGGCGUGGUGGACACGCUGCGGCGGUGCGGCGCGGGCGGCGUGCACUUCGUGUGCUGCCUGCUCACCGCGCAGCACCACGACGCCGACGACGUCAACGUGCCCCUGCUGCGCUCGCAGUUCCGCGGCUUCCAACUGCUGGACGCCGCUCGCCUGUACAAGCAGGGCUUCCCGGAGCACAUGCCGUUAUCAGAAUUCGCAAGAAGGUACCGCCUCCUAGCUACUUCGGAGACGGAGAACGGGGAAACCCCGCAGCAGACGACGAUGUCGGACCGACAGAUCGUGGACGACAUGCUGUUGUCGCUCGACCUGGACGUCACCAGCUACCGCCUCGGUCUCACACAGAUUAUGUUCCGCGGCGGUGUGGUGGGCGAGUUGGACGCGCGGCGCGACGCUGCGCUCGCCCGCGUGCUCGUGCGUCUCCAGGCGCGCGCUCGCGGCCUGCUGGCGCGACGCAAGGCGCAGAGGCUACGUACACAACACACGGCCGCCAGAUGUAUCCAGCGCAACGUGCGGGCGUUCCUCACGGUGCGCGACUGGCCGUGGUGGCGGCUGCUGGUGCGCGUCACGCCGCUGCUUGCCGUCCACCGCACGGAGCACCGCCUCAAGCAGGCGCAGGAUGAACUGGAGACGCUGAAGUCGAAGUUGGAGAAAAUAGACUCCGAGAGAACACACUACAAGAACGAAACCGAACGACUGGAGACUAAGCUGUCGGAAGUGGGCGGAGAGUUGGCGGAGGAGCGCGCAGCGGCCGCGCUCGCGACAGAGAGAGCAGAUGCCGAGGCGGCGGAGAGGCUGAGGAUAGAGCGAGACAACAGAGAGCUGCUGGCCAACAACCAGAGGCUGCAGCAGGCUUCAGAGCGUCUCGAACUAGAACUCCUGCACUGGCGGUCCGCAGAGAAUGGAACUGAACACUCCGACUCGGAGGGCUCGGAGGGCGACGCCAGCGGUGACAAGUACAAGCGGCGCUUCGAGCGAGCGCACCGCGAGCUGCAGCUGCUCCGGGUGCAGCUGCGCCGCCAGCACGAAGACGACCUGGAACAGCUGGUGACUGUGAAGAAGCAGCUGGAGAAGAAGGUACAAGAUGCGUACGAGGAGGUUGAGGAGCAGCGCGCGGUGGCGGCGCAGUGGAAGCGGAAGCUGCAGAAACUCACCAACGACAUGGCCGACCUGCGCUCGCUGCUUGACGAACAGACAUGCCGCAACAACUUGCUAGAGAAGAGACAGCGCAAGUUCGAUGCAGAGUUACACAGCGCUCAAGAGGAGCUCAAGAGAGAACGCGCCGCCAAAGAGAGACUGUCUAGAGAGAGAGACCAGGCGCAUGCAGAGAAAUACGCGCUCGAGCAGAGCCUCUCUGAGGCGCGUCUUGAGGUGGAGAUGAAGGAGGAGCGUCUAGCUGCGGCGGCGCGCGAGCUGGAGGCGCGGGGUGGCGCGGGCGGGGACGAGGCGGCGGCGCUGCGGCGCGCGCGCACCGACCUCGAGCGCCGCCUGCGGGACCAGGAGGAGGAGCUCGACGACCUCGCCGGCCAGAUACAGUUGCUGGAGAGUUCUAAGUUGCGACUUGAGAUGCUACUUGAACAGCAGCGCAAGGAGGCGCGGCUGGAGGCGGCGGCGCGCGACGACGAAAUUGAAGAGACGAGAGCCAACGCCUCCAAGAAGUUGAAGAUGCUGGAGAGCCAGCUGGAGAGCGAGCACUCGGAGCGCAGCCUGCUGCAGCGCGAGCGACACGAGCUGGAGCGACGGCUGGCGGCGCUGGAGGAGACGGCGCGCGCGCAGCACCAGGACAACACGCAGCUCGUCACCAGGCUCAAGAGGGAUCUAAAGAGAUAUCGUGCGCUUCUACGUGACGCUCAAACUAUGCUCGAACAGAAGGAAAAGGAGGGAGGCGGAAAGGCACAGAUUAGACAACUUAAAAACCAGGUGGAAGACCUCGAGCUAGCGGUGCGAGCGGCGAACAAGGCCCGCUCGAGUGCGGAAGCGGAGGCGAGCGAGGCAGCCACGGCUCUAGAUGAGGCGAACCGCGCGCGCGCCGAAGCGGCCGAGCGUGCGCUCGCGGCGACGCGUGACGCCGCCGCCGCACGCGCACAGCUUGAUGACGCCGAGGAGGAGGCUGCUGAGCUGCUCAAGAAGUACCGGACGUGCACGAGCGCGUUGUGCGCGGCGCAGAGCGAAGCGCGAGAGGCGGAGGCGCGGGCGGAGGCGGCGGCGGAGGAGGCGCGGGCGGCUAAGGAACGCCUCGCCGAGCUCAGCGCGAGACUCGCUAGCGCCGAGGCCGGCCACGACCACGAGCAUCACGAGGCCGAGCGGCGACUGGAGCUGAGGAAUAAGGAGCUAGAGUCUCGUCUCGAAGUGGAGGCGACGUGCCGGUCCCGCGCCGAGGCGCAGGCGACGCGGCUCCGCGACGCGCACGACGCGCUCGCGGCGGAGCUCGCUGCGGCGCGCGCGAGGGACCUCGCCGCCGCUGAGGACGCACGCAAGUUGGCGAGGCAGAUCAGAGAGCUCAAAGAGGAGAACUCGUCGCUCAACACCAAACUGAGCGAGGUGAUGCGAGGCAAGGCGGCCGCGGAGGCGGCGGCGGCGGCGGCGGCGGCCGAGGCGCAGGCGGCGCGCGACGAGGCGCGGCUGGCGGCGCGGCGCGCGACGGCGCUGCAGGAGGCGAUAGCGGGCGACCUGUCCAGCCCCGGGGAUUCCCGGGACACUGACAGCGACAACGAUAGCUACAGCUCGGACGAGAGCAUCGGCACGUUCCUGGCGAACCACAAGCUCAGCCCCUCCGCCCCUUCCCGCAACAGCGUACAGCUAGACUCACAAAAAUCCCAAAGCCCCGAAGGUCGCACGAGCCGCUCGAGCGCUAGCUCGGCGCAGAGUCCCGGCGCGGUCGCAUAACCCGCGGGUGGCGGGCUGCUGCGCGUCUUCCCCGUGCUGUGCGCCGCCUUCUGCGCGCGCACCGUCCCGCCCGCGCACUACGUCAUCGAGUAACUCGCCCGCCAUAUUGUGUAGACGCCAUCUUGUGUAUAUUUUGCGUAUUGUAUUCUUCAUGUGACGACUGCGUUUAAAUAUGCUGGAUAUAAUUUGUAAAAAAUCAUAUUUUUUCUCAGUGAAAUUACAUUAUGAUGAACAACUUCAGAUUAUUGACAAAAAUUGCUCAUGUAUGACGGUUUUGCUCAGGAAAUAGACUUUGCAAGAUAUGACGGAGAUUUCAAAUACUCCAAAAUAUUUUUGAGUAUCCUAGCUUCAACCGAAGGCCUACGUGUACUGACCGAUGCUUCAGGCCUCGUAUUAUGCGACAAUAUCUAUUGCUUAUGUGCACUGAUACUAUAAAUUAGCACUCUUUUGAACAAUUUACACUCAAUAUUUUAAAACUCUAGAAUAAAACUCAUUAGAUGUUUUAGAUAAUGUAAUGUAAACAUACUAUUGGAAUAUACAUUUUUGACUUUCUUACAGUAUAGGUAUAUCCAUUUACAGUGUAACCAGUAAUAAAUUUUGUCGAUCGUUUUAUAUGAACAUGUAGCGAGGCUAAUAUUUGCAUUUUAUACAUUUUUAAUCGAAUGUUUGAAACUUUUGAAUAUUUGUUACACCACGUUAGUAAAAUGCAUAUAGUAUGUAAAAUGCAUUCCAAGGGAGUGGCAAUAUAAUUCGAGCUCUUAGGUCUUGAUUACACCUACCGAGUAGAGUGUAAGACAGUGCCCUCGGCCGAGCACAACCAUAACAAACGUACCGAGAGCUUGGCCGAGUGCACUGUCUCGCCGAUCUAUUCGGUAGGUGUAAUCGAGCCUUUCCUACGACCUCCGGUCUAGGCGAGUACGCCCGGCUUGACUUAAUUUAUUUAGAAUUAGUAUUUAUACAAAUUAAUCAAUCUAGAUUUAGUCCUGCUGGUGUAUAAACAGUCAGUAUUUAAAUCAAAUAGUGAUGAAAUUAAUUCAAAGUUAUAUUAGUUUGAUUGUUAUUUAGUUAGAGUAUUGUAAAUAAAUAGAUGGAACAUUUUUUAUUAUUUAAUUUGUAACUUUGUGUGAUCAGACUGUUAUUAUAUGAUUUAUUUGUUAUGUAUGUUGCUAUUUUAUGAAACCGAUCGAAUAAGUUUGGAGGCGGCAAUAGUAUACCUACCAAGAUAACACUUAAAUGUUUUGUUAACCGCAUGAAGUCUUUGCCUAAAGUUUAUCUUAUUUAAGCAAUAUAAUAUAAUUGUAACUUCUUGAUUAUGUUCUGUCUGGAAUAUUCACAUAAAACUGAUAUUUUUAGGAACAAAAUGUGUCGCUUGUUUUAUACAUAUCCACUAGACAAUUAACCCGGCCGAUUUGUAUUAUUUUAUGUAAUAUUUAUUAGUGAUUCGAUUGUAUCUAGUAAAGUUGUCUUGUAACACGUAGCUGUGUCUGUACUCUAGCGUUCAUGUGUAUUGUAUAUGAUAGUGACGUUACUGCAUUCGAUAUUGGUUGUAAAAUGAAAUAUUUAAUAAAGUAACUAAUAAAUUA